AUGGAUCCCAACAAUCCUAAGUGGUAUUUGACUUCAAACAAUAUAAUGGUUGAUUUCUACUCCUCAUCAAUUUUAGAUAUAUCAGGUGUCACAGCAUACCUAGUGAAUAUAGAGGAGGGUACUCUUUUGCCUGAAAGGGGAUCAGAUUAUCCACUGCGCAAAACAGUCUUGCCACUGAAAUUUGGGCUUAAUCAUGCUAAUUGGUCUUGUAUUUCUGUGAGUCUGGACAGUGGUGGUCAGGCAGCACAAGGGAGAGGAAGAGCCACAAGACCAGUGCAGAAUCACUUCAGCCCCAGCAAGUUACACCGGUGUCCAUAUUGUUCUUAUGCAUCUGCAAUGAAAACAAAUCUGAAUAACCAUAUCCGUACCCACACAGGAGAAAAACCUUUCCUCUGUCCUCACUGUCCACUUAGAUUUUCCCAGAAGGGAAGCUUGCAGACACAUAUUCGAAUUCAUACAGGUGAAAAGCCUUUUGUGCUGUACAUUGAUAUUUUUUCUGUGUUGGUUGGGCUAUGUGUAAAAGUUUUCUUCAAGGAAAUGGGUGUAAUAAAACAAAACAAAAAACCUUACAGUAUACACAGUCUAAAAGAAGUGAGAAGAUGUAAAAGGUUUUUAAGGGAAUAUCAGGUUCUAUAUUCCAUGCUCUCACAGUCUUACAGGUCUUCUUUUAUGCUUCAGAAUCUGCCUGGGCAUCCCCUACAGGUGGGUCUUGGCAUUGACGGCAAGAGUGUGAAUAGAAGAGGAGUCACAUGGACAGAGGAAGGCCAUACAUCCAAGGUUCAUCAGUGCCACUACUGUGCAUACAUUGCAACAACUAGAACAAAUUUGUUGAACCACAUCCGUACUCAUACUGGGGAGAAGCCUUUUGCUUGUCCUCAUUGUCCAUUCAGAGCAACACAGAAGGAAAAUCUUAAAGCACAUAUCCGUGUACACACUGGUGAGAAACCAUAUGCGUGCACGAUUUGCUCUUACCGUUCAGCUCAGAAGAGUAACUUAAAGAGUCACAUGUGGACCCAUCAGAAAUGAGGUAAUUUUGGAUUUCAAUGUACAGUAAACUUUUUUGUUCUCUUUUUCUUUGACUGUAUGUGAAUUAUAUGAAGGACAGUUGUCUGAGCACACAUUAAAAAUUGCAUUUCUCUCUCAAAUAUGUACUGUCUAGCAUUGAUUGUUAGCUUGUCACAGUAUAUAUAUAUUUUUUUCUAUAUCUUUUUAAUGCAUGAAUUUAGAUUCAGUGUAUACACUUGUGAAACUAUUGAGAAUUAUAUGUGUUUUUAUUAAAACUAGAAGACAAUGAUUGAUAUGCAUGUAUUGAUUUGUAGGUAAAAGUAUUGAAAACAACACUGUUGAUAUUGAAAUGUAAUGAUAUUGGACAACUUUGAUUAAUAACUUUUUCUCACUUUGUUUGUAUUAUAGAAAGGAUAGGCCAGAACUACUGACUAUAAAGCUUGAAAAAAAAUGUUCUUAAUUGAUUAGAUGUCUAAUGGCAGCAUUUUACAUACAGUACUGUUGAGUAAUAAAGAUAAUGAUAAUGAUAAAUGCAAUAAAUAUAUAUUAUUAUGAAUCAUUAGUAUUAAUCUUUUUUAUU